UGAAUGAGUGCAUGUUUUGAGGGAUGAAGGUACUAAGAUUAUAGUGUAUUUGGUGUUAAAAAGCUAGAGUUAGAAUUUUCAAAUUUCCCGCCGUUCUGUCCCCGUACGUCCCGACGUCACAUGGGACGGAACCCAGAAGACAGAUGUCGGCAUCCACGGGAGGACAUUACAGGGGACACUGCAGGAGGGAGAUUGCGGGAGUGCAGGACAAGAUAAGAGAAGAACAGAUCCCGGAGCAGCGCCACAUGGUAAACCCGAGUGUAGCUCGGGGUUACCGCUUGUGGUACAGAAACUUUAUCCCGAGCUACACCUGGGAAAACCGCCAGGGAGGUUAACAUACCCCGGAU